CCCCGAUUCCAUCUUAUCAUCAUCAGCGAACUGAGCGUAACAGCGUGCCGAAAAUCCCCCUAUUUACCCUCCAAACACGCGCACUCGCUCACAGCACGGGCAUCCAUCCACCCCAACCGGGCCCGACCUCGCCCACCUAACACCACGACCACAACCCCCUAAAGAACCCCCCAAAAUGGCCCAAUCAACCGCCCACCGCCGCCUCCUGCAAGAGUACCGAGCCCUGACAAACAACCCGCCCGAGGGCAUCACGGCGGGGCCGGUGUCGGAAGACGACCUGCUGCACUGGGAGGCGCUGAUCCAGGGGCCCGAGGGCACGCCGUUCGAGGGCGGCAUCUUCCCGGCCGAGCUGCGGUUCCCCAAGGACUACCCGCUGGCGCCGCCGAGCAUGAAGUUUCUGGGGGAGAUCUGGCAUCCGAAUGUCUACCCGAGCGGGCUGGUGUGCAUCUCGAUCCUGCACCCGCCCGGCGACGACCCGAACCACUACGAGCACGCGUCGGAGCGGUGGUCGCCGAUCCAGAGCGUCGAGAAGAUUCUCAUCUCGGUCAUGAGCAUGCUGGCCGAGCCCAACGACGAGAGCCCCGCCAACGUGGAGGCCGCCAAGAUGUGGCGCGAGCGGAGGGAGGAGUACGAGAACAAGGUGCGGGAAGGGGUGAAGCGGAUGCUAGGGUUGUAAUUCGGGGGGGCAUGUAGUCACGGGGGCAUGGCGUUGCUGGGGUUUUUUAUUAUUGACUCGAUUUUGCAUGGCGUGGAGUUUUACAUUGGCGAUAGCGUUGACACGUAGUC